AUGACAGAAUUGAGCCAAAAGGUUGAAAUAAGUAAGCAGACGGAGCAAUCAAACCAAAUACCGCAAUUAGGCGCAUUAGAGGAGGAUGAUGAGUUUGAAGAGUUUGAAAUCGAUGACUGGAGAGACGAUGAAUGCGAGUUUAGCAAUCUUGGUACGAAUGAUAAGUUAUGGCAGGAUAGCUGGGAUGACGAUGACCAGGACGACGAUUUCAGCCACCAACUUAGAGCUGAGUUAGAAAAGAGCAACGCAGAACCAAUGUCACAGUAA